AAAGGAGGGAAGUGCUCCCGGGCCGAGGACCAAGGGAAGGGACCCUUCUUCCCGGUGGCAGGGGCGAGAGAGAGAGAGAGAGUCGGGUGGCGGAAGAGUAGAGGAUGGCGACGCGUGCGCAGAGAGCGGUGGUGGUGGUGGUGGUGGUGGGCCGGCGGUGCAGCCUCGGAUCUCCGCCACACGGCUAACGACGUUAGGUGUCUCCCUUCUCCCCACCCUCUCUUCCUGUCUUUCUUUUGUCUCUGUCAUGGGCUCGACUACCCUUCCCGCCAGGCCCCGCCUGCGUCCCUCCAGCCUCUUUCCCUGUUUCUCGACGCCUGCCAUGGCGCAGGUACGCCGGAGGGUCGCGGUGUCCCGGGCCCAUGCCAGGUGGCUCGGCAUCGUUGGCCAGGUCUACCUCCUUCGCCGGGUCAUUCGUUACCUCCGGGAUAAUAUACUUUCUUGCGCCGGCAAGCCGCGGUCCUACCACCGCCUCCAGAGGACCUCCUCUGCCUCCUCGUUUGAGCAUCUUCCCGAUGAAGACCGAGACGGGGCUGGUGCCGGUUACAGUGGUGCUGUGGAGACGCCGGUGGCGGAGCAGCCCGCCGGAGGAGAGACGGAGGCCGAUUCGGACACGGUGGUUCUGAAGGUGACCGUCCUCGGAGACUGCCAGAUUGGGAAGACGACGUUCGUGAUCAAGUAUGUAGGAGAAGACGAAGAGAGGAGAUGCUUACAGACGACGGGAUUGAAUCAAAUGGACAAGGUAUUGUUGGUGCAAGGAGCGAGGAUAGCCUUCAACCUUUGGGAUGUUGGAGGCGAGAGCCAGUUUGUUGAUCAUGUCGCUUUGGCUUGUAAAGAUGCAGCAGCAAUCUUAAUCAUGUUUGAUCUUACAAAUCGGUGUACCCUUAACAGUGUUGUUGGGUGGUAUAGACAAGCAAGGAGAUGGAACAGAGCAGCAAUCCCCGUGCUUAUUGGAACAAAAUUUGAUGAUUUUGUUCGCCUUCCGCUGGAUGUACAGUGGACAGUCGUGAGCCAGGCGAGAACGUAUGCACAUGCCAUGAAAGCAACUCUGUUCUUCUCGAGCGCAACACACAACAUCAAUGUAAAUAAGAUCUUCAAGUUCAUCACAGCCAAACUCUUCAACUUGCCGUGGACCAUCGAGAGGAAUCUAACGAUCGGGGAACCGAUCAUCGACUUCUGAUUCUUUGUUUUCUGUGGUUUUUUGGCAUUUUGUACAUAUGCUUGCUGUUGGAAGCCAUAAAAAAAUAUUAGCCACGGUAGAUUCCUGCAGCUUUAGCUUUUCCCCUGUAAUUUUUGGGGCCUUUCGAAGCUUUAGAUUCUUUGACAGGGAAGCUGCGCUGGUCAAUUCGCAUAACAAUCAGAAAAGGCCUUUCUAGCUGUAAAGAUCUUCCUUCAGAUGAAUUCAAUCCCAUAGAAUGUUCACAUUUUUCA